CUAUGACUAAUGUUAAACGAAUAAAUCCCAUUACCUCGAUAAGAAAAGAUAAAAUCCCACAAGAAUAUUCCACAUUCUUGGAUCGAUCUAAAAAUGGCGUCAUACUUGUGUCGUUUGGAAGCAUGUUACCUAACACUAAUAAUACAAUUUAUACCAAAUUAGUUACGGCUUUUAGGAAUACAAAAUAUGAUUUCAUUAUUAAAGGUGAUUUUGUUAAAGGUAAUGAGCGAAUGAUGGUGUCAAAGUGGAUACCUCAAAGAUCUUUAUUGUCGCAUAAAAACAUCAAAUUAUUCAUAACACAUUGUGGAGCAAACGGUAUUGGAGAGGCUAUCAGUAAUGGGGUACCUAUGCUAGGUUUUCCAAUAUUUGCAGAGCAACCUGGGAAUGCCCACAAUAUGGCGGCUAGAGGAUAUGGUCUCUCUAUGGAAUUAUUUACAGCUAAAAGUGACGAAAUAUUAGCUAACAUUAAUGAAGUUAUUAAAAAUUCCUCCUAUAAAUCGAACGUUAACAAAGCUUCGCAGAUUUUAAAGGAACUAAAUGAACGAAAUAAUUCAACAGAAGAAGCUACGUUUUGGAUUGAACACGUGUUGAAAUUCGGUGGAGAUUAUAUGCGAUCAUCCAGUGUCGAUAUGCCGUUAUAUCAGUAUUUGAUACUGGAUGUUCUACUGUUCAUUUUACUCGCUGUUUCCGUAGUUUUAGCUAUUUUGUUUUACUGUUUUAAAAUAUGUUACAGUAGGAUGUGUGGACGCAAGAUGAAAUCAGAAUAAGAUCUUUAAUAUAAACUAAACCUACGAUGCAGCUAGGCCGGGUUUCACAGGAACCCUUUAACAUUUCAACAUCGAGACAACGGAAGAAGUUAUAAAUUAAUGGUUGAUAUUUAUAUGACCGUUUAAAUUGACUGAAAUUACUAAAAUUUCAAAUGUAUAGGUUUUAAAGACAGUUUUGCUCAAAUUGUGUCACUUCGUGUGGCAAUGAAUAAUUUUAAUUAAUUUGGUAUACUCAAUAUUUGUAUAGGGUAACAAAUGUUGAACAUUGUUUUUAAAAAAAAUGUAUUAAUAAUAAUAGACACUUUUACGACCAAAUAAUAUAAAAAGGUAGUGUUUUUUUCUGCUCUGAUUUUUACUCGGUUUCCUGUCUCUUUAUUAUAUGAAAUGCAGUAACAAAAAUAUGUAAUGUUUAA